AGUUAUGCUGAGAGUCUUUCGAAGCAAUGGAGUCAAAAAGUUGUCAACCGGAGACCGAAGCUCACAAUCAGACGAAUGCGAGUGAAAAGCGCGAAAGGCGCAUGUCAAAAGAACAACGGCUCAAAAAGAAAGUUAUCGUAUCACUUGGAUCUACUGUACUAAAGAGGGAAUGGCCAGAAGCUUUGCGAAACUUUGGCAUUAGAAUCAGGCCAUUUUCAUCUGGAACCAAGUAUUUAGUGGCAGCUAGUGUGACAGAUACAUAUUAUAGGAGAGCCAUAGCCUUAGGCAUUUUUGUUGUCAAAGAAGAAUUCCUUGAACAGUGCGUACAAAUUGACUCAUUGGAGGACAUUGCUGGCUUGGCGGAAUCAUGCAAACUUCCUCGUUUUGCCGGUUUAGCGAUUAGCUUCUUGGGAAUCAACGAUGAAACUGUUGAAGACCUUGAUAGUGUUGUUCAGGAAAAUGGAGGUCAUGUUACCACAACCACAUCGAGCGCUACACACAUCAUUGUUGCACCCGAUUUGCGACCACCAGCUUCCUGUCAAGGCAAAAAUCUUGUCACUAUGGAGUGGUUUCGAGAAAGUAUGGAUCUGGGUUGGUGUGCGAAUGAAGCUUGUUUCGAACAUACAUGGAAAGAAGCAACACCUCAAAGAAGGCGAACAAAUAGCAUAUUGCGGUUUCAUAAAAGGAGGACGGCAGAAUCGAGUGCCAGGAAGUUCAAACGUUAUCAGUUGUGCCUAGACUUGUUCAAGACUGAAAUCAACUGCUUAAAGGCUUGUGAUUUUCUAGUCAGGCUGUGUGAGGAGAACAUUUACGUAUCAGCUGAGGCAAAUGAUGUAAUGUUCGGGGUGUUUGGUCCAAUGCGGAAGGCACAUGAUCGAAUUGUACAGAAAAUGGGUGAAGUAUUGGACACGUGGAAUGAUCAGAGUGCUAUAGGAGACAUUUUUGUUGAUGAAGAGGCGUCUUUGACGGAGGCUUACUCGCCGUAUUUUCAUACGCUUGAAGCAUCGCUACAGUACAUCAAAGAGAAUAGAAAGCAUAAUGCGAAGUUCAACGCGUUUGUCAUCGAACGUGAACGCGAUCGAUCUCUUGGAAAACAGAAGCUCGAAUAUUUGCUAAACAUUCCAUUUCAGCAGAUCACAAGCAGAAUACCUGCUGCUCUGAAAGAAGUCCAGAAGCUUACCACAACCAUCGAUCCUGAUCAUGAACCGCUUGCCAAUGCUAUAGCGGCAGUUGACCGGAUGCUUUUAACCAUAAAUGAAAGCAAGCGAAUGUGCGCUGAGAGCGAAACGAUCUAUAAAAAAAUCCAGAAUUUGCCGAGUCACUUGCUCAAAUCACCUAAGCAGUUUGUGUGCGGCAUGCAGUUUCUGUCAAAUGGCAGUAAUCCAUGGGCUUUCGUUAUAGUUGAACUACUACUUUUCAAAGAUUGUCUUGUGGUAGCAGAGAAAAUUGACCCAACGGUCACAUGUGGAAUCCGCAAAGUUACGAGGACCCUGAGAUUUCUUGAAUACUGCCAUCUUGUUCGCAUACGAGGCGCCAGAAUCAUACAGAACUCAGAUGAUGAGAGAAUGCUAGUAAUUGUUGUACGAAAUCCUACAAAGGAUGCUGAAUGGUAUCUUCAGAUGAUGUAUUCCGACGAUGUGAUCAACGAGUUUGUCAUGAAACUGGUUGAGGAGGUAUUCCUGACAACAGGAAGACGAAUUCCAGUGGACAUUGGAGGCUCAACAGAAUUUGACGAAUCUACCUUGAAUGACUCGAGAUUCUCUUCCGCUACGUCCAAAGUGUUACGAUGGAUGUCUUUGCGAAAGACUCCCACCCACGUAACUUGAUUGUGAGUCUUUGGUUGUGGAUUUUUCAUUUGUUAUUAUGUGCACAAUUUUGUUGGUCCGUUCUUUGCUCAUUGUGAUAAGCUGGUUGGGAUUUUAACUAUGUAUCAUUUUGCCAGUUCCUGCCCUUGAUUUACUGGUCUUUUUUUGUUCAUAUCUCGAGCAAUUUGUGAAUGUUAUCAUUCUAUGAAUAUUGAGGAUGUAAGGUAUUUAUCAACCUCCAACAGCAUUAUGCAAAAAUUUUCUCAUACGAAUAAUGUAUAGUAGCCAUAUAGGACAUGAUAAUCAUUGACUGUCUAUUGAUCUGUUCUGUUCGAAAUAUACCCUUGCGAAAUUAGAUCUUCAUUAUGCGCUCAGAUGUAUUCUGUAAGCAGCUUCCCCUUUUUUGUAAUUGUUUGUAAAUGUGUCGUC